AUGGAUGAAUCUCUUUCGCCGGAACCCGAGACGCUGCCCCCUCACCAGGAAGCAAUGAUAGAAGCGUGCAAGGCUGGUCAAGUGGCCGAACUGCAGAACCUUUUCCAUGAGCACGAUGUGAAGCAUGGCGACGACCCCAUACCUUACUGGCAUGCAGCACAAGAGGACCUCGAAAUGCUCAAGUUGAUUUACUCCUACGCUCCUGAGAUCGUCCGCUUUGCGUACGAUGACCACGCAACGACAUUUUUGAGCCUGGCUUGUGAAGGUGGUCCCCAAAAUGCACCAGUUGUAGACUUCCUCUUGGACCACGGAGCGAUGGGGAAGAAGGGGGACGACUAUUUCAGCUACUUGUACCAUCUUGGCGUAGAACUGGUGCCCGCCAUUCAACAUGAUCAGCCAACAGAAAUCAUCAAGAAGAUGGUGCCCAAGACCUCUCGUUUAUGGUUGCCAAUUAAUGUAGCAAUGGGACAAAAACGUGCGGACGUACUCGAGCUACUCCUGAAUGAAGAGGAGAACAGGGGGACCAAACCUUCCUCCGAUGGAGAACAAGAGCAAUUGUUGCUACGCAGGGCGCAAGAGUCGGAAGACAAGAAAGUGAUGGCCGUGGUCGAACGUCACCUUCGCAACAUGGAGGAGCGAACCGCGAAGUCUGCUGCCACUGCCAGAGAUGUCCGAUCCACGAGAGCCUCGACACAGAGCAGGAGAUGGUGGCAGUUUGGCGCACGGGCGGACUCCAAACUUCCUAGCAAGACCGAUGCUGAAGGAUCCAGCAGCGCGACUCAGACUAGUACCAGAAAGUGGUGGUGGCCGCUGUCGAAGGUUACACAUGGACCGGAGUCUGCUGAUUCAUAUCAUCAGAAGAAGGAGCCACUCGGUUCAGCUUCAGAUGAGGAGGACUGA